GAUGUUCCCCGGAAUUCUGCGGAUAAUAAAAAUCCAGGCAACCAACAAGCAUUAAAAAGGAACCUUGAUCUCUCUUACAUCAUAAAUUAUAUGACUUUCUUCUCUUUUUUAUCAAUUACCUGAUCUAUAUUGACUACUUAUCUACUCAAGAACCCUUUUGAAAUUGUUUAAAAUGAGUGUAGUCGAUAAAGCAAGUAUAUAUGCACAUAGCAAAGCUGAUCUUUGCACAAAAGCAAGCGAUUCCUCUAAAAUAAAUGAUGACUUUAAUGAUAAUACCAGCUGCCACAAGCCAGCCACAGCAACUCCUGUAAACAUUGAUAUAGAAAAAUACAGCAUACAGGACGCUGUUACAGAAGAGGAUAAAGGCGAAAGCGUAAAAGAACCUUACAGCAUUUUCACAACCCCACAAUUGAUAAGAAUGUUGACUAUCUGUUCGUUGACCGCGAUGAUUUCUCCAUUGACAGCUAGUAUUUAUUUGCCAGCAGUGUUACAGAUCGAAAAUGAAAUGAAAAUAAGCACAGAACAAGUAAAUCUAACGAUUACGGUGUAUAUGGUAUUUCAAGCAGUAUCUCCGACUUUCUGGGGAACAAUUGCUGACAGCUAUGGACGAAGACCAGUAUUAAUGAUUACUAUGCUCGUGUAUUGCGCUGCUUGUACCGGUCUAGCAUUGGCGCCUAAUUAUGCAGCCUUAACGAUUUUUAGAAUGUUACAAGCCUUUGGAUCAUCCUCUGUCAUAGCUAUCAGUGCUGGUUUGUUGGGAGAUAUUGUCGAUUCGAAAAAACGUGGCUCAUAUUUUGGCGUCUAUUCCUUGGGGCAAUUGCUGGGGCCUGCUUUAGGACCGGUUCUUGGAGGUAUAAUAACGGAGGAACUUGGUUGGAGAUGGAUCUUCUGGAUUUUAGUGAUCCUUGGAGGAACUUCAAUAACAUUCGUUGGCUUUUUUGUGCCUGAAACAUUGCGUUCUCUAGUUGGUAAUGGAAGCGGCUAUGCCAACCCAACGCCUUAUCAAUAUUACGCGAAAAAAAGGGGGAAAAUAGACGAACAAAAAGUUGCAGCUAUCAAAGAAGCAAAUGGUCCUCGUAGUCGUAUGAAUUUUUUGGCACCCUUCAUCUAUCUUAGAGAACCUGAUGUUCUGAUUGCCCUUCUGCAUAGUGGAAUAUUUUAUACAUCAUUUUACUCUUUCUUAACUUCAACUACUAAGCAAUUCAACAUUCACUAUGGUUUGUCCGAGCUUCAGAUUGGACUUUGUUUUCUGUGUCAAGGCGGAGGCACAUUGCUAGGAUCAUAUAUAACUGGUAUGUUUCUUGACAGAGAAUAUAAAUCCGUGAGAAGAAAAUUCCGUUUGAAGCAUCCAGAUCAGCCUGACCUUCAGCCAUCCAUAUACACCGCAAGGCUACGAUCAAGUUGGAUUAGUUUAUUCUUUGCAGAUACCAUGCCAUUAGUAUAUGGAUGGGCAAUGCAUGCAAACGCUCCUUUACCAGCUGCUUUAAUCAUACAGUUUAUUGCUGGGUUUAGCACAUCUUCAACAACAAUACGAGUGCAGUCGCUUAUUGUUGAUCUUUUUCCUGGAAAAGGUGCAUCGAUUACCGCCUCAAACAAUCUUAUUCGCUGCAUGCUCGGCGCGAUAGCAACUGUUGCUAUUGAUCCAGGAAUUGAGGGUAUAGGUAUCGGAUGGAUGUUCACUGUUAUAAGUUUAUUUGUAACAGUUUCUAACAUUGCUGUUCCCGUGUUACUGAAAUUUGGCCCUCGUUGGAAAGAAAAACGAGAAGCAAGGCUUAAACAAUCAAACGGAUAGUUAACUUUCCGUUUGAAUCACGAAAAAAUCAUUAAACAGCACCUGUUAUCAGUUUUGUUGCUUUUCAUUGCAAAGGAUAUUUAUUUACUGAAUACUAUU